AUGGAGGAGGCCCAGGAGAGUGGGUGCUCGCAGGAGGCCCUCCGACCCGGGCCAGCAGUCCUGGUAGGCUUCCAGGGGGAGGUGGAGCUGAGCCUCCUGCAGAUGGGCGGAGCUGAGGGAGGCAAGCCUGGGGCAGUCAGGGUCAAGGCUCCAGGACUGCCAGGGCAGGAAGCCACACAGGAUGUUAUGGAGAAGCAGGACAGCAGCAAGGGUGCAGCAAUUUUGGCGGCUGACAGCUUCUUCUGUGAGAAAUGGCGAUUUGAUAAAAUGCAAAGUGGACGCUAUCGAGCUCACAGCUUUUCAGAGGAGCUGGGAGCCAUGGCCCUGGGCUUCUCUCCUCCCUCCAUCCAUCUCCCCUUGCAACUCCAAACCCAGCCUGUGCGUCCUGGAAAGCCAGGAGGAGGACUCCAGCCCCAGCCACCCCAGCAGGCAGCUGCUGACCACUUCGAAGCUACCCUGCCUGACUCCACGAGGCCACGCAGCCUCCCUCACCGGCUGGGCCUGGCUGAGACCCUGGACUCGGAGCGGGAGCAGACCUCAGCCAGUGCCCAGGAACUGCUAGGACAGGAUGGAACUAGCCGUGGAAGGCGGAUUUGGGAAGACCCAGCUGUGGAGGCCUGGCAAAGGCUCUCCCGGCAGCAUCCGCACGGGACAGGAUGGAACGAGCCGUGGAAGGCGGAUUUGGGAAGACCCAGCUGUGGAGGCCUGGCAAAGGCUCUCCCGGCAGCAUCCGCACGGGUCAAACCUGUCAGGGGCCUGGGACUGCUGGUUUAUCUUGGGCUUCAGCAUCAGGUUCUGUGGGUAACAGAUUGCGGAAACUUCCGAGCUCUCCUGUGCGUCCGCAGCAGCCCUCGUACCGCGGAGGAGCGCGCAGCCCAGGCGAGGCCGGAGGACGUGCCCAUAGAAUGCCCAGGGGCGACGAGCUGUCCUGAGCCCCUCUGGUGCAGCCACCUUCCUGUCCCAUACACCCUGCCCACCACGGAGUCCAGAGGGAAAUCGGCCAGCAGCCCCAAGCCCGACACCAAGGUGCCCCAAGCCACCACCGAGGCCAAGGUACCCCUGGCAGCCGAUGGGAAAGCCCCCUUGACCAAGCCCUCGAAGAGGGAAGUCCCGGCUGAGAAGCAGCAGCCGCUGGCAACCCCCAGCAUGGCAACUGCCAAGAAGACCCUGGCCAAGGCGAACCCCGUCCUUCUCAACCACAGCAAACUGAAGCCGGCCCCCACGACCCCCAAGGUUCCCAGCAGUCCUGAUGCAACCCCGGGGCCCAAGGGUCCUGGGGACGGGGCGGAGGAGGACGAGGCUGCCAGUGGGGCUGGGGACCGAGGUCCCUGGUCCUGCGAGAAUUUGAACCCCCUGCUGGUGGCUGGAGAUGUGUCUGUGACAGCCACAGCCCUGAUUCUCGGUGGGGACUUCCUGGCCCAGAAAAAAAAAUACCUGCGGGCCAGGCGGGGUGCACAGAGCCACUUCCUGUACAGACCUCAGGAAGCCAGUGCAUGCAGAAUUCACCCUUAUCUACGUGUACACACGCACAUUCAUUACACAUCUACAUAUGCUCCCAACACACGCACACAGUGGAGAGGACGCCCGCACCCAUCCUUGCUGAUCCAGGACUUCCCCAACCUCCAGGGCAGAAGGAACCCAGGCUCCGGGGUCCACAGUGCCAGCUUUCGGGAGAAGGUCUAG